GUAUAUUAGUUGUCGGAACCAAUUCGGAAUCGAAGAAUCGGGGGCGCGAAGAGAAUUAGGGAUUUGAGCUGUUGGAUGGAAGAAGAGAAGAGAAGAGAAGAGAGAGCAGAGUGGCGUAAGAUAGACCGGUGGGGGAAGGAAUCUUCGAAUCACACAAUUUGCUUUGGUUGCUACUUGCUCUAUCUUCGCGUGCUUCAUACGGUCUAUUUCACGCUUAUCUGCUUUCUCCCCUCUCUCUAACUCGCUCUUUCUCUCUCUGAAACUCUCUGACCCCUCUCUCUCUCUCGCUCGCUCUUUCACCCCGUUUUAGUUCCCAAGGAAGCUCGGAGGCGUUGCUUGUUACUGUUUUGGACUAUCAGCUUUCGUGGUUUCCCUGCUUUUUUAUUUAAGUUGUUUAUACUGUUUAAUCGUUGUGCCUGCUUUAAUAGUGUGUGAUUUAGUGAAUUUAAGGGUUUUUUUUAUUACAAUUAUUUGCUGUAUUUCAUAUAAGAAAAUAAAAAGAAAUUAGCAUAAGCAAGCGGUAACACUACUUCUGUAUUGGUUAUAGUUGAUUAUUUAGUAAGUUAUAAGCAGUUUGGUGGAAAGAAUGGGAGAGGAAGCUGGGAGUCCAGCUAAUGCUUGUAAUCUCGAUGCUAAUGGCAGACCUUCGUACUGGUUAGAUGCUUGUGAGGAUGUGUCGUGUGAUGAUUACUUUGUUGAUUUUGGACCUGUCACAGCCAAUUCAGUUCCAGACCCGGAACCACACUCCCAGGGAGGCUGCAAUGAUCCUUGUUUCUUUGGCGGAAUCGAUCAGAUUCUUGACAGCAUAAAGAACGGUGGCACAGACAUGCCUAACCAUAAUUGCACGAAUGGCAGUGUCAAUGGAACUCAUAAUUCCUCUGCUCAGCAAGCCUGUGUCCAGGAUCAACACUCACCGUCUAAGAGUGCUGUUAUUAAUGGCAAUGGCCAAAGGCUGGCAGUAAGCAGCAACAGCUGCAAGAAUGAAAAAACUAACCUUGGUAAAAGGUCUCAUGAAGUUAAUGAUGUUGAGCAAAGACGUGACAAAAGAGCUCGUGGAAGGGAUCCAAAGGAGAGGAAAAUUUGGGAUAGGGCUCCCAGUAGGAAGAGACUACGUGGUUGGGAUGAUAUGGAGACUGAUGGGCAGCGAAGAGACCAAGUGAGGAGAAGAGAACGCCAUGGUACAGGUAACUGGAAGGACAGAGACCACAGGGAAGCAAGGGGUUACUGGGAGCGAGAAAAAGAAACUAAUGAACUGGUUUUCCGAACUGGUUCUUGGGAAGCAUGCAAAAAUAGAGACGAGAAAGCAAAUGCUCAUAAAAACAACAAAUAUUCGGGGUGUGCAGAAGAGACAAAACCAGAGCAGCCGAUGGAGAAACUUCCUGAGGAGCAAGCUCGCCAAUACCAGUUGGAUGUUCUGGACCAGGCAAAGAAGAGAAAUACAAUCGCCUUCCUUGAAACAGGUGCCGGAAAAACAUUGAUUGCUGUCCUCCUUAUGAAAAGCAUCAGUGCUGAAUUGCAAAAACAAAAUAAGAAAAUGCUAGCUGUUUUUUUGGUGCCUAAAGUCCCUCUUGUUUAUCAGCAAGCUGAGGUAAUCCGUGAGCGUACAGGUUUUCAAGUCGGCCAUUACUGUGGUGAAAUGGGUCAAGAUUUCUGGGAUGCAAGAAGAUGGCUGCGCGAAUUUGAAAGCAAACAGGUCUUAGUGAUGACAGCUCAAAUUCUUCUGAACAUUCUACGACACAGUAUAGUGAAAAUGGAAGCCAUCAAUCUCCUUAUUUUGGAUGAGUGUCAUCAUGCUGUGAAGAAACAUCCUUACUCUUUAGUGAUGUCAGAAUUCUAUCAUACAACACAAAAGGAGAAGAGGCCAUCAGUUUUUGGGAUGACUGCAUCUCCUGUAAACUUGAAGGGUGUUUCUAGCCAAGUUGAUUGUGCAGUAAAGAUUCGGAAUCUGGAAACUAAGCUAGAUGCCGUUGUUUGUACGAUUAAGGACCGUGAGGAGCUGGCGAAACAUGUGCCAAUGCCUUCAGAAGUGGUUGUGGAGUAUGAUAAGGCUGCUAGUUUAUGGUCACUCCAUGAGCAAAUAAAACAAAUGGAACAAACUGUCGAAGAAGCAGCUCGUUCAAGCUCUAGAAGAAGUAAAUGGCAGUUUAUGGGAGCCAGGGAUGCUGGAGCUAAGGACGAGCUGCGCCAAGUUUAUGGUGUCUCUGAAAGGACUGAAAGUGAUGGUGCUGCUAAUUUAAUACAAAAGUUGAGGGCCAUCAACUAUGCACUUGGUGAACUUGGACAGUGGUGUGCUUACAAGGUUGCGCAAGGAUUUUUAACUGCUUUGCAGAAUGAUGAGAGGGCGAAUUAUCAACUUGAUGUCAAAUUCCAAGAAUUGUAUCUAGACAAAGUUGUUUCUCUUUUACAAUGUCAUUUGUCUGAAGGAGCUAUUUUGGAGAGUGAUACUAGAGAUGCUGAAACAAAUAAUAGCCCUUCAGAAGAAAAUGGACCUGAAGAGCUAGAGGAAGGAGAACUUACCAACAAUAGUGUUGUCUCUGGUGGAGAGCAUGUUGAUGUGAUUAUUGGAGCUGCUGUCGCUGAUGGAAAAGUGACUCCAAAGGUGCAGUCAUUGAUCAAAAUACUUCUCAAGUAUCAGCAUACAGAGGAUUUUCGUGCUAUAAUCUUUGUCGAACGAGUUGUGACUGCCUUGGUUCUUCCUAAGGUUUUUCAAGAGCUUCCAUCAUUGAGUUUUGUCAAAUCUGCAAGUUUGAUCGGGCACAACAACAGUCAAGAAAUGCGAACCAGCCAGAUGCAAGAUACUAUUGCCCGAUUCAGAGAUGGCCGGGUGACUGUUUUAGUUGCCACUAGUGUUGCUGAGGAGGGACUUGAUAUUCGGCAGUGCAAUGUUGUCAUUCGCUUUGAUCUUGCCAAAACUGUAUUGGCAUACAUUCAGUCUAGAGGUCGUGCCAGAAAACCUGGUUCUGACUACAUCUUAAUGGUUGAGAGGGGAAAUCUAUCCCAUAUGGCCUUUCUAAAGAAUGCUAGGAAUAGUGAGGAGACUUUGCGCAAAGAAGCCAUUGAGAGGACUGAUAUCAGUCAUCUCAAGGAUAACGGCAGCAUAAAUUCUGCUGAAGAUAUAGCUGGUGCAGUAUACCAAGUGGAGUCCACUGGUGCUGUCGUGAGCUUAAAUUCUGCCGUAGGGCUCAUCCACUUCUACUGCUCUCAGCUGCCCAGUGACAGGUAUUCAAUUCUCCAUCCAGAGUUUAUUAUGGAGCGCCAUGACAAACCUGGAAGCCCUACCGAGUACUCUUGCAAGCUCCAGCUUCCCUGUAAUGCACCGUUUGAGAAACUGGAGGGACCUCCAUGCAAAUCAAUGCGCCUUGCACAACAGGCUGUUUGUUUAGCUGCUUGCAAGAAACUCCAUGAGAUGGGAGCAUUCACUGAUAUGCUAUUGCCAGACAAGGGAGUCAAGGGCGAAGCUGAUAAAGAUGAACAAAAUGAUGAUGGGGAUCCUCUUCCUGGAACUGCUAGGCAUAGAGAAUUUUAUCCUGAAGGAGUAGCUGACAUUCUCAGGGGGGAAUGGGUAUUGUCAGGGAGGAGCUGUGACAAUUCCAAGUUGUUUCAUCUUUACAUGUAUUCUGUCAAAUGCGAAAACAUUGGCUUCUCAAAAGAUCCACUAUUAACUCUGGUUUCUGACUUUGCAAUAUUGUUUGGCCAUAAAUUAGAUUCAGAGGUAUUAUCAAUGUCAAUGGAUUUAUUUAUAGCUCGGUCUUUAAUAACAAAGGCUUCACUUGAUUUUAAAGGGCUUAUAGAUAUCAGAGAAACUCAGCUGGAAUCGCUCAAGAGCUUUCAUGUACGAUUGAUGAGCAUUGUAUUGGAUGUGGAUGUUGAUCCCUCAAAUACUCCAUGGGACACAUCAAAGGCAUAUUUAUUUGUUCCCUUAACUGGAAGUGGAAGUAGAUCUGUAGAUGCAAUGAAUGAGAUCGACUGGGAUCUAAUUCAGAAUGUUACAAAAACUGAAGCAUGGAAUAACCCCCUUCAGAGAGCUAGGCCAGAUGUUUAUCUUGGCACCAAUGAACGAACUCUAGGUGGGGAUCGAAGGGAAUAUGGUUUUGGAAAAUUAAGAAAUGGCAUGACUUUCGAGCAGAAAUGUCAUCCUACCUACGGGAUUCGAGGAGCUGUUGCCCAGUUUGAUGUGGUAAAAGCAUCUGGGUUAGCACCUAAAAGAGAUGGUACUGAUUUGCCACACCAAGUUGUUUUAGGAGAAGGCAAGUUGAUGAUGGCAGAUUUCUAUAUUAAAGCAGAAGAUCUGGUUGGAAAAAUUGUGACUGCUGCUCACUCCGGAAAGAGGUUCUAUGUGGAUUCUGUACGCUAUGAUAUGACUGCAGAGAAUUCAUUCCCAAGGAAAGAAGGCUACCUUGGUCCUUUGGAGUACAGCUCUUAUGCUGAUUAUUAUAAGCAAAAGUAUGGAGUAGAUUUGAGGUAUAAGCAGCAACCUCUAGUAAGAGCCCGCGGUGUUUCCUAUUGCAAGAAUCUUUUGUCUCCACGAUUUGAACACUCAGAGGGUCCUGACGGUAAAUCUGAAGAUAUCCAUGAGAAGAUAUAUUAUGUUUUUCUCCCUCCUGAGCUUUGUUUUGUGCAUCCACUUCCUGGAUCACUAGUUAGGGGUGCUCAAAGAUUGCCAUCAAUUAUGAGAAGGAUUGAAAGCAUGCUGCUUGCGGUACAGCUUAAGGAUAUUAUUAAUUAUCCUGUUCCCGCGACAAAGAUCCUGGAGGCUUUGACUGCAGCAUCAUGUCAAGAGACUUUCUGCUAUGAACGAGCAGAGCUCUUGGGAGAUGCUUAUUUAAAAUGGGUAGUUAGUAGGUUUCUUUUCCUAAAAUAUCCUCAGAAACACGAAGGUCAGCUUACUAGGAUGAGGCAGCAAAUGGUAAGCAACAUCGUGCUGUAUCAGUAUGCACUGGUGAAGGGGCUUCAGUCGUACAUCCAGGCAGAUCGCUUUGCUCCAUCUAGAUGGGCUGCGCCUGGAGUACUUCCUGUUUUUGAUGAGGACACCAAGGAAGAUUCAUCAUUGUUUUUUGAUCAAGAAGUUAAUUCUGAUGGGAGUUUCAGGAGAAAGCACGAAGAUGAAUAUGAAGAAGAUGAAAUGGAAGAUGGGGAACUUGAGAGUGACUCUAGCUCAUACCGUGUGCUGUCUGGAAAAACACUGGCAGAUGUCGUGGAAGCACUAAUUGGUGUAUAUUAUGUGGAAGGUGGAAAGCAUGCCGCUAACCACCUUAUGAGAUGGACCGGAAUUGAUAUAGAUUUUGAUUUGAAAGAGAUAAAUUACUCAAUUGUGCCAAAUUCUGUUCCCGACAAUAUACUGAGAACUGUUGAUUUUGAUGCACUGGAAAAGGUCUUGAAUAUGCAGUUCAGUGAUAAGGGCUUGUUGGUAGAAGCAAUAACCCACGCAUCACGUCCAUCUUCGGGAGUCUCUUGUUAUCAACGAUUAGAAUUUGUUGGUGAUGCAGUACUGGAUCAUCUCAUCACAAGGCAUCUUUUCUUCACAUACACAGAUUUGCCCCCUGGACGCCUCACCGACUUGCGAGCUGCUGCUGUUAAUAAUGAGAAUUUUGCUCGUGUAGCUGUUAAACAUAACCUUCACUUACAUCUUCGUCAUGGAUCAAGUGCCCUUGAGAAACAGAUUCGAGAUUUCGUGAAAGAGGUCCAGGUUGAACUUUCAAAACCUGGAUUCAACUCUUUUGGCUUAGGGGACUGCAAAGCUCCUAAAGUUCUCGGAGACAUUGUAGAAUCGAUUGCUGGGGCUAUCUUCCUUGAUGCUGGAUGUAAUACUGCACUUGUCUGGAAGGUUUUUCAACCCUUGUUGGACCCAAUGGUUACCCCGGAAACACUCCCCAUGCAUCCUGUUCGAGAAUUACAAGAAAGAUGCCAACAACAAGCCGAAGGUCUGGAAUAUAAAGCCACCCGAAGUGGUAACCUGGCUACUGUGGAAGUAUACGUUGAUGGUGUUCAGGUCGGGGUUGCUCACAAUGCCCAAAAGAAAAUGGCGCAGAAAUUAGCUGCUCGAAAUGCUCUUGAGACAUUGAAGGAGAAGGAGAUGGCCGAUGCCAAAAAGAGCGCAGAGGAGGAUGAUGGUAAAGAGAAGAAAAAUGGGAGCCAGACUUUUACGAGACAGACCCUGAAUGAUAUCUGUUUACGCAGAAAUUGGCCAAUGCCCCUCUACAAGUGUAUAAACGAGGGCGGACCUGCACAUGCAAAAAGAUUCACAUUUUCUGUACGUGUUAAUACGUCUGAUAGAGGAUGGACCGAUGAAUGCAUUGGUGAUCCAAUGCCAAGUGUCAAAAAGGCGAAGGACUCUGCUGCAGUUCUUCUUCUGGAACUUCUGAAUAAAUGGUACGCAUAAUGAUUCUUUAACACAACCAUUGGUAUAUCAUAAACUUACCUUCCAAGAGAAAACAUAGGAACUUCAAUUAUCAUUUAUUUUGACAUGGCAGCAGUUUUAUUUAAUCAUUAUUUCUGCUGCUUAUUAUUUUACCUAACACUACGAGAGGUUAGAGAAACUCCGGCUAGAAUGUUGAUAUGAUGAGAAGAGGAGAUAAACAUAGAAGUUCAUAUUUUGUUUCAUUUCCAUUGAUUAAUCACUGAAUUAUUUUCAUUUGGAGAGCCGUCA